AUGGCAACCGAAGAAUCUGUUUUACUUUCCUAUCUCCUUAACAGUGAACUUGAAAAGUAUCAGGCUGAAAGAAGUGCAACGAGGGAAUUAGUUCAUCAAAAUACGAUAGAAGAAUGUAAAAAACUUGACUUUUGGAAAGUUCGUACUUGUCAAGACAAGGAUAUGAUGGAUAUUGAUAUGAAUCAAGAUGAAACAUUAGAUGAAAUAUUAGAUGUGUCGAAUGAUCGGUUGACAUUAAAUCAAGCAAUUGAAAUAUUAUCAAUUGCAGAAAAACAAAUGACAGAUGAGAUUAAUUUUAUGGAGAUGGAACGUAAUGAAUUGUUUCAGGAUAUUCAAAGGAUAAAUGAGGAUAUGAGCGAUUUGAGAUAUGGUAGAAUUGGACCAAAAGGACUUAAUGAAGUCGAUAUUAUCGAUGAUUUGAAGAAAUUGAUAUCGUCUUGCAAUAACUUUUUAGUCUAA